UGGGCAGUUGGCCAAGCCUUCUGCUAUAAAAGCAGGCUGGCACUCAGCCUUGCAUAGCCUUUGUCAGCUCUGUUUCAGGGAUACCUGGCGGGCCAGUCCUUAGACACAAUGCUGACUGAUCUAGAGAAGUCCUUGAAUGCCAUCGUUGAUGUCUUCCACAAAUACUCCCUCGUGAAAGGGAAUCACCACGCCCUCUACAGGGAUGACCUGAAGAAACUGAUCAGUAAUGAGUGUCCUCAGUACAUACAGAAAAAGGAUGCAGAAACCUGGUUCAAAGAGCUGGACUUCAAUGAGGACGGCGCAGUGAACUUUGAGGAGUUCCUUGUACUGGUGAUAAAAGUUGGCGUGGCAGCCCAUAGAGAGAGCCACAAGCAUUAGUAGAGCGACUGCACAUGGGACUGGGCCCCUGAAAAUGUACCUACAGAAUAAUAAAGUCAUCAUACCUCAAGCCUC